CGUUUGCUUCACAUUUAACAAUAAGAAAUCAUGCCGGCCAAUAAUUUUAAAUUUGUUCUUUGUUGUGUUUUAUUAGUGAAUUUUUGUGAAUGCAUUCGCGAGUAUACAUCAAAUAAUAAAGGCGUGGCUGAAAACAAUUUAGCUCCAGAAUUUGCUAAGUAUACAUUAGUUAAACCAAAAAUAUAUCACGCGCGAGAGAAACGUGAAAUUUUCACCACCAAAGAAAAUGAUAGCAGUCAUGUUCAUGACUUAAAAAUAACAUUAGAAAUAAAUGGAAAAGAGCAUUUAUUAAAUUUAAAAUUAAAUAGAGAAUUAAUACCAAAAGGCUAUUUUCACAGAUAUCAACAUAAAGGAAAAUCUGUCGUUAAAAAGCCUAAAAUUAAUGACAUAGAAUUAUGUCAAUAUCAAGGCUCGUUAAAUGGCGUAGAACAUUCAUGGGCUGCCAUAUCUACAUGUGAUAAUAAACUAUCUGGUGUAAUAUUUGAUGGUAAUGAAUUACAUUACUUAGAAUCAACUAGAAAAAGUAAUAGUAGUAAGAAUGAUUUGGAAAAUUUUAAUGAUCAUUAUUUAUAUAAACAUUCGGAUUUGUUCGAGAAGAAAAAAUGUGGCUAUGAAGGUUCGAACAUUUCACCGUUGAAUGCGUCCUCAUCAGAAGCAAUAAUAAAUAAUCUUGAAUUUAAUAGGAUACUUAGGUAUAAACGAUCAAAUCGAAACACAAGUUUAAUACGUGGACCAUAUAAUGUUAAUGAAACGUCUAGAUUUGUUGAGUUAGUUCUGGUUGUAGAUCGGCUUGGGUAUAUACAUCAGGAAUCCAAUUUGCAAACUGUAACAAAUCGAUGCAAAAAUAUUGCGAAUAUUAUUAACGCUUUGUAUUCUCCUUUAAAUAUUUUUAUUGCCCUUGUUGGAGUUGUGGUUUGGACGGAAACUAAUGAAAUUAACAUUUCUGAAAAUGGUGAUAAAACUUUAACAAACUUUUUACAUUACCGUCGUCAACACUUGGCUAUAGAACAUCCUAACGAUAAUGCACAAUUACUGGUUGGGACGAAAUUUGAAGGUUCAGUUGUUGGCAAAUCAUUAAAAGGUUCUAUUUGUACAUCUGAGUUUUCUGGUGGAGUUUCUACGGAUGAUUCGUUCACUGCAGGGCUAGUAGCCUCAACAGUAGCUCAUCAAAUGGGACAUAAUUUUGGUAUGGAACAUGAUUCAAACGAUUGUGAAUGUCCCGAUGAUCGGUGUAUUAUGUCACCAUCCUUUUCAUCCGAAUCACCUAGACACUGGUCAUCAUGUAGUUUAAAAGCUCUAGCAAACACAUUCGAACAUGGCAUGGAUUAUUGUUUACGCAAUAAGCCAAAACAUUUAUUCGAUAGUCCUGUAUGUGGAAACGGAUUUGUUGAACCUGGUGAAGAAUGUGAUUGCGGAAUUGUCGAUAAUUGUAAAAAUCCAUGUUGUAAUGCUGCCACGUGCAUGUUGCAAUCAAAUGCUAGUUGUGCUACCGGAGAAUGUUGUGAUUUAUUGACAUGUCGGCCAAAAAUUGCUGGAAUAUUAUGUCGAUCGGCUGAUCAAGAAUGUGAUCUACCAGAGUAUUGCACGGGCCAUUCAGAAUAUUGCCCGAAUGAUGUAUAUAAAAUGGAUUCAGAAAUCUGUAGUGAAGGUCAGGCAUUCUGUUAUCAAGGAUCGUGUCGAACACGUAAUGAUCAAUGCAAAGUUUUAUGGGGUCCAUCAGCUUCAUCGCGAGUUGAGUGUUAUAAAUUAAACACUAGAGGAACUCGAUAUGGAAAUUGUGGAUACAAUCAACUGAAUUCGACGUAUACUAAGUGCGCACUUGAGGAUUCUUUUUGUGGACUUCUCCAUUGUGACCAUUCAAAUGAUAAAUUGGAAUUUGGUUUGGAAAAUGCUUCAAUUUUAUCACAUGCAUAUAUCAAUACGAAUGGCUCAAUUAUAAAAUGUAAUACCGCCAUGGUGGAUUUAGGUUUAAAUGAUAUUGAUCCUGGUUUAACACCAAAUGGUGCAAUGUGUGGCAGAGAAAAAAUGUGUAUCAAUCAAAAAUGUGUGACAAUCGAAAACUUACGAAAAAGUGUUAACUGUUCGAAUAAUUGUAAUGGUAACGGCUAUUGUAAUAACAAAGGACAUUGCCAUUGUAAAGAUAAUUUUGCCCCACCAAACUGUGAAUAUGCUGGUACUGGUGGCUCUGUGGAUAGUGGACCAACUAGACACAUAGAUGGUAUCAACUAAAUCUUUUAUCUUACAGCCUACUCUUUUUAUUUUACGUAGCCUACUCUUUUUUCAAGAUAUUAAGGGUGAUAUGUUAAGCGACUCUUACCUCAAAAACUUAAGCACUAGGCGAAAAAACUCGCAAGAAUUCUUUGUUGCUUAAAAUUAGUCAAUAAACCCACUAUCAUUUAUUUAUUUAACAAUUAAAAAAGUUUUUAAUGUUUCAGCGAAUUUCUUAUAGAAAACUACUAAAAAAUUAUUUAAAAAAAAAAAAACUAUAUUUAUGUAAUCUUUGUGCUUGUUUAAUAAUUGCAUUUUCCUGCGAGAGUUUUUAUUAUCACAGCUUUAAUGAAAUUUAAAUGAAAUUAAUCUACCCAUUUACCCACAAUUUAUU